GCUCAAUGUCACAUGACGUCUACAAGAUAACUUCAUAACUUUUAUCAGUGUUGAAUUGAUUGUUUUGCAGAUAUCCUUCCACGUGCUUUAAGAUGAAAUUAACUCUCUCGCUGAUGUUCAUGGUUGUCUUCCAUGCAGUAGGCAGCUUAGGGCCUCUACAUGCGUCUUGCAAAAUACAUUGGUAAGGGAAUGCGAUUACGUAAGAUACCUGCGUUCAUGAAUAUCAGAUCACGCAUAGCUCAUUCGAAACUGGUUGAAUAAUACAAAAAUGUUAAUCUUAAAAGUAGUUUUCAUCUCUCCAUUUUAAUUAAUAAAUAUGUAUAUCUUCAAACUUCCGAGUGAUCUACCCCAAAUCUUUUAACCCCAAAUAAACAUAUAAUAUCUGCACGAUUCGUAGGUCUUCCAGUGCAGUCAGGAACUAAAAAAUUUAGAGCAGAAUUAGACAGCAGAAAACAUACAUUUCUCAUUCUACAUUAAAAAUAAAAAGUUGAAGUAUGGUACCUCCUACCAUUGUUACAUUCAAAGGAGUCACCAAACUUUUCCGAAGUUGUCUUCCAAAGUGCCAAAGUUACAUGUCUGCGAAGGCUGUCAUUUCCCAUAUUGCUUGCUAUUGGAAAGAUAAGCUGCCAGGUUACUACCCUUCAAGUCACAUGGCUUUCCUUUAAUCAAAUCAAGGGCAAGUUAGUAAAUUGAAAAAAGAGAGGAGGAUAACCAAAUCAGUGGCUGUUUGUAAUCUGUGCAUUUUGGUUUUAACCAUGGGAGCUCUAUUGUGUAAUAAAGAAAGAUGUGUUUUUGUCUUGUCAUGAGUGUGGGAAAAGAAAAAAUUCUGAGUCCCUAUGAGGAAUUGAACCUCAGACCUUUGGAUUCCAUGCUCUGAUGCUCUACCACUGAGCCUCAAAGACUCCAUGGUGAGCAAGGUCUAUUACGAAGUUCAUAUGACAUGCGUCCUGCAUAUUGCUUAUUGCGUCCUGCAUAUUGAUCAGCAAUGUCAGCAAUGUAAUGUUUGUAGAUAGAAAUUAGAGAGAUGGUAAGUUUUCAGCUUGGUAAAGAAUUAUAGAAAAAUGUUUUUCUGUCUUGUCACAUGUGUGGGACAAAGAAAAAUGAAAUAUUACACUUGUGCAAGCAGGUUAUACUUGUUAUAGCUUAUACUCAUUAUACUUGUAAGAGCAGGUUAUAUUUUUUUCAAAAUAGCCAGGUCUGUCUUGCAGAUGUAUUCUUACCAUAUUUGCCAGCAGGUUCAAGGUAUUACUGGUAAAAAAAAAAAACUGUUUUUGUGUCAGCUUUGAAAUAAGUUACUUGAUACAUAUCUUUCAGGUCUUGGGCAGUAAAAUGCAGUAUGGUUAAUGAUGCCAUUGUUAACCAGAUUCAGAAGUGGCAUUCAAAUGAAACCUGCCCAGGUGGAAAAGGGGAAAAGUGUCUAUAUACGGUAUGUUUACUCAGAAGCCCAACCAUUGUUUCAUAAAACUUCCUCCCAUAGAUCAAAAUAAAUGUCGGGGUCGUUAGAGAAUAUUGAGAUUUUCAAAUUUAUCUGCCUUGUUACUGUGUAGGGUCUUUGUGACGUAGCCAACUCAGUAAAUUUUCUCUGGCCACAACAGUUGUUUUCUUAAAUCAAGAUGGGAAUAUUUUCAGUUGAAGGUAAAGCCUCAACUAUUUCUACUAUAUGCCAUGUUCCACUUCUAUUUAUAUUUUUGGUUUUUGAUCAUUACUUCUUUAGCUAGAAAGUCAGACUGAUACUGAAAUCAAAGCAAUCCAUGAGACGCCCAAGAAACACUACAAAGAUGACCUCACAUUUACUUUUACUGCAAAUGGAACUGAACUGUGUAGUGUAGAGGUAUGAGAUUCUCCAGGCUAAUAAAACAAAAUGCAAGUAUAUUUAGAAGACACCCAAUCACCUCUCUGGCUAUAAAGAUAGUUUCCUUAAUUCAUAUUUCCCUCUUACCUGCAAAAAGUCAAGGGGGCCAUGGCCCAAAACAAAUUUAUUGUUAAAACCUCACCCCUGAUAAAAAUGUCGUUCCCUCAUUUAGGAAACUAAUGGAAAUAUAGGAAAGAAAGAUGCUGGCUUGAGUAUAACAUGCAGAGAGAAUCUUCCAUCUUUGCUUCUCUUUGGCAUUUAGUGGGUCAAUAUUGAUGGGUUGAUGGAAACAUUUUUGAUGCUUUGAUUGUGGUUGACCACAGUUCUUAGAUGUGCACCAAUCAUUUUUCGACAUCUUUACAGGUUCAUGAUAUAAAUUAAAUCACUUAGUAAACAUUCAGUAAGGUUACCAUUCUUAAACAGCAACAUUUCUGAAAGGGAGUGAUGUGAAAUAAAUUCUCUGGUAGUGAUGUGGCUUCUUGUGCACAACUUUCUUACUCUUGUGAGGUGAUCUGAUGGCAGGUUUCUGAACUUUAGGCUAAGUAAGACAUUGAAGUACACUGUAGUCAUAAUUGGUGUUAAUAGAUGAAAUAUAAAACCAUAGACCUGCUAAGCCUUGUCUCAUGUAAUGUGUAUUCACCAUCUACAGACACGGGAUAUAUAAAAUGAAUGUUCCAAUACUUGUGCCCCAAUCAAUUUGGAGCUUCAACAUCCCCAUCCCCAUUAGGCAACCCCUUGGCAUUUGACGGUUGUCCCUGCACAGCAGAGGUGGGAAAGUGGAAUGGAAUUAUCAAGUUGGGAAUUUGAACAAAACAGUCUUCAUAAGUUAAAAUGCCUAGGGGGAGGGGGGGUGUGGAUGUUGAAGCUUCAAAUUGAUCAACACAUGAGAUUUUUACUUUGCACAUCUAUUUUACGCCUUCUUUCAGGGCUAUUCCACCUCUGAAACUUGGUAUGCUGUGUUGGACUAUGGUACAAACUACUGUAACCUUCACAACUUGAUCACCGGUAUGAGACUGUCAAACUGAGUAGUAUACACAGAGUAAUUUCCUGUUGAGUGUCAUUAGUAAUCCAGUAUUGCUUUGGUUUGUUACAUAGUAUUAUCUCAUUUGAUACUAUUUGUGUGAAAAUUUCCCCUGGUAAUAAUGUACAUGAAAAAAUUAUGCCUUUCUGAUUGGCUGAAAAGGAGUGCAUUCUCAUGUAACGCAAGUGCAAAGUUGUAAUACAAGUGCAAAGUACAAAUAGUGCACACAUGCUUUCAAAAUUUCAUCAUCUCGACUUUCUGUGAUGUUUUUUCAUGUACCUUAGUACCGUAAUUUCCGGUCGAUUACCCGCGGGUAAUCUGUUGAUUUUGCAUUAAAUCCGCGCCACUGCGGGUAAUAGGGAGGUGCGGGUUAUGUGACAAUUUUAAAUUCUUCUGGAAGUUGAAUUGAAAAAAUUUCUCACCUACCUGCGUUUCCACCUCUCAAAUGAAUUUUAUUGUAUCAAAAGUGCCACAAAGCGGCACGAAAACAUGAUGCCAACUCGAGUUUAUUUCACGCAUAAUUAGUUGCGUGACAAACAAAUUUUUUAUCGGCACGCGUGAAAACAAAACCUUGAUGGUGACAAAAAUAAUCCAAGGAUAUCCGGCGCAUCAGUAACAAAUUUCCAGUUUUCACUAGCUUGAGCUAAAGAUAAUUUUCCCGUUUUAAGGGACUUGUUAGGCCCAGUAGAACAGGAGAUAUCGAUUUUUUUUUGAGAAAUUGCCGACAGUAAUUUUAAAUCCCAAAUGCAUCACCAGAAUGUUGAAAAUAAUAGGUGCGAAACUUAACUAAUUUCGCGCUGAAAAAGUAUUUUAACGACAAAUGAACAAUGGAUAUUGCUCAUUACGCUCCUACAUGCUAUAAAAAGGUAACUGACUGAAUAAGAAUUAUAAACCUCGAUCAUUCGCGAUAAGUGUAUCUACGAGUCACCAAUUAAGUUAAAAUGCCUGCUGUGAAACGCCCACGUCACAGUUUUACGUUUGAUUAUAAGCUUAGAGUAAUAACUCUUGCCGAUGAAAUCGGUAAUAGAGCAGCAGCAAUAAUCAAUCAAUAAAGUAUAAGCUAAUAUUGACACAGAAUUGUGCACAUGUCUGAAUCGAAAGACUGAAAUGUAUCGCCUUAAUGUCACGUUUUCGCCACCGAAAAAGUUGAAUAACAACGUGCGGGUUAUCCACCGGUGCGGGUAAUCCGUUGACUUUUUUUUUCGCCGUAUGCAAUAAUCGGCCGGUGCGGGUAAUCGGCCGUGCGGGUAAUCGACCGGAAAUUACGGUAACAAGUGCUCAUGCAAUAUUGUUGUCUUUGAAAAGUUCACUUGUGCUUAUUAACCAUUUAACUCUUGAGAUCUAAUUGGUGAUUCCCCUUACUGUCUGCCAUUCAGUUCUUGUGAUGUUAGUUUGGAGAAUUUGGUAUUGGAUCAACUUUUAAUCCCCUAACUGAUAUUUUAUUCUCAUCACUUUUCUGCUUGAUGUGGUAUUAAUAUUGUAAGGAGAAAUUCUGUCUUGGUCACUCACGGGAGUUGAUGGGUUAACACCAAAUUGCACCCAAAAUCAUGUUAUUACCUUUACUUAUUUCAAGGUUUUGUCCUUUUAACAUACAAACAAUUUAGCUUUUUUACUGUGUAAGGUAAUUAAUCUGCCUGUUACCUGUAACAAAGUUAGUAUUUCAUCGGUAACCAACCCUACAUUUUGGCGAAGAAAAGAUGAUCUAAAUUGUUCUUAAUCUAUAUCCUGCUGCUAUUUCUUCUUUCUACUGUUCAUUUUGUCUUCCCCUAGGUUAUUACAAUACUAAUUGAUCUAAUCAGUAUACUUUAUUAUCUUUAUGGUUAUAUCACAUUAUUUUAUAUAAUGUUUAUUGAAUUGGCCAAAUUAUGCCUUGCUUUUCACUAUUUUUAUAGGAGCUGGACUUGACAAAAUGCCAAAAUACUCAGAAGAAACCACUGACUCCAUUUGCACCCAGUACAGCUCUGCUGAUUGUGAGAAAUACUGAGGAAGUAAAUGUUUCCUGAAAGAGCCAUUUAGAAGGAUUUUUUUAAACCAACUUUUAGCACUGAUUAAGUUCCUACUGGAACAAUUAAUGUAUGACAUCAAUAGAAAAUCCCUUAAUUUCAUGAAAUUGAAAUACUAUUGAAGAAGUUGCUGUUGGCUUUCAGUUUUACAUGGUUGAUUGUUAAGAUUCCCCACUCUUGGAAACUUCUACCUUUGCUCUUAACACGAUCAAAACAAGGAUAAAAUUUUCUCUGUCAAUUUUCAAACAGUAGAAAUCAGAGAUUAUUUGUGGCUCAGAGCCACAAGAAGGUCAGAAUGAAGCACUCAACUAAAUCUGUGAACCUCUAAAUCAAGGAAAAAGCAUAAAUUUUAUUACAGCAGUUUCACAUAGCUCUGAGGUAGAGGUAUUCGUAGUGUUUAAUACCACAUAUGGUACUGUUGCAGUUACUGUAGAAGUUUUUCCAAGCAAAGUUAAUAUCCUUAAAUAGCUCAAUAAAUGAUAAUUUUUGUCUAAAAAAAAUUAUAAAAUAAUGACAUGCCAGAAUAAUAAACAUAGAAAUUGAUCUAUAAUAUGCUUUUCCUAGAUGUAUUUUGUUGAUUUAUAACAAAAUAAAGCAUAUGAAACAGGCUGCCAGUAGAUAGAGUUGAUAAAGGUCUAGAUAAAAUGAAUUGCUGCCUGUUUCUUAAGAGUUAAACAAACACAAUAAUAGCAAUUUCAAAGAACCCAAGCAAUGCAGAAGCUGUAUGCUUUAUACUGCGAUAAAAUACUACAGCUGUGAACAGGCAUGUUCAGACAUUCCCUGACUGUGUCUUUUAAGCCUGGCCAAACAAGCUAAGCUUGGUUGUCUUAAAAGAAGCAAAAAAAAAAAAAUAAAUAAAGAGAGGAAAACUGG